CAGUGUUCAGUGAACACACACUCUCUCUAAAAUGGUGUCGUCGUCGCUCCUUUCCCUCUCUGCAACGUUUUCGCGCCUUCACUUCAUCCCGAAGCUCUCGCUCCCGCCGGCGCUGAGCUCCGUCAGGGGAUCCGCCCGCCGCGAUCAGCGACGAGCGCGGCUCCCUCCAUCGUCGCCGCCGCCGCCGCCGCCGCCGCCUUCCGGUCCUCCGUUGGGUUCUCCUUCCUUUAGCUUCUCGACCUCGAGAACCUCCAGUUCCUCGGUUUCGUGCGGCGGAACGGCGAGCACGGACGGCGAUGAUUUGGUCGUCCUCGGCAUCGAAACGAGCUGCGACGACACCGCGGCCGCCGUCGUGAGGGGCGAUGGACAAAUUCUAAGUCAAGUCGUGUCAUCUCAGGCAGAUCUGCUCGUUUUAUAUGGAGGUGUUGCUCCCAAAAUGGCGGAAGCUGCUCAUGCCGAAGCUAUUGACCCGGUUGUUGAGAAAGCACUGAGUGAGGCUAAUCUGACAGCCAGAGAUUUAUCUGCAGUUGCUGUUACUAUCGGUCCUGGUUUAAGCCUUUGCCUUCGCGUUGGCGUGCGAAAAGCUCGAAAUAUUGCUGGGCUCUUCAGCAAGCCUAUUGUUGGUGUCCACCACAUGGAGGCCCAUGCUUUAGUUGCAAGGUUAGUCCAACAAGAUUUGCAGUUUCCUUUCUUGGCCCUUCUCAUUUCUGGUGGACACAAUCUACUUAUCCUUGCUCGGAGUGUUGGUCAAUAUGUGCAACUUGGCACCACAAUAGAUGAUGCAAUAGGCGAGGCAUAUGAUAAGACAGCAAAGUGGCUAGGUCUGGAUAUGAGGAGGAGUGGUGGACCAGCUAUAGAGCAGCUUGCCCUGGAGGGUGAUGCAGACUCAGUCAAAUUCUCAACGCCGAUGAAGCAGCAUAAAGAUUGCAAUUUCUCCUAUGCUGGCUUGAAAACCCAAGUGAGGCUGGCAAUUGAAUCCAGAAAAAUAAAUGCUCAGAUUCCUAUUUCUUCAGCAACUACUCAAGAUAGAAGUGACCGAGCGGACAUUGCUGCCUCUUUUCAGAGAGUUGCAGUUUUACACUUAGAGGAGAGGUGUGAACGUGCAAUUGACUGGGCAAUGGAAAUGGAGCCUUCAUUGAAGUAUCUGGUUAUUUCGGGAGGGGUUGCAUCGAAUAAGUAUGUCAGGUCUCGGCUUGAUCAGGUAGUGAAGAGAAGGAGCCUGGAACUUGUGUGUCCUCCGCCUAGCCUUUGCACUGACAAUGGUGUGAUGAUAGCUUGGACUGGCAUUGAGCACUUCCGGAUGGGUAGAUUUGAUCCUCCACCGCCAGCGGAUGAACCUGAUGAUGCCAUGUAUGAUUUGCGACCUCGGUGGCCAUUGGGGGAGGAACAUGUUAAAGGAAGAAGCGAAGCUCGUUCUUUGAGAACGGCCCGGAUUCAUCCGUCGCUAACAUCAAUCAUCCAAGAAUCUCUACAGAAGCAGUCCUGACUUGUCUCUCCUAUGAUCAUUUCUUCAUAGCCUGGAGCUCAGUCUAGGGAAUUAUUGUGGUGGAGCUGCUGCCGGAUGUCCGUCGUGUCGGAGAAGCAUAGAGUGAUACAGAGAUCUAAUGUUAUCAGCAGCCGGAAAGAGAACUUUGUGUAGAUGGGGAGAGAUUAGUUGUUUCAUCGGUUGGUCUGUAAAGUGUACCACAGUAAAUGAAACUCGGCGCGAGUUCGAUUUGCUUGAUGAGUAUUCCAAAUGUGACUACGUUCCAUUCUUUUCUCGGGUUAGUGAAACAAGUCGAGCUUUACUGCA